UGCCCAGAGAGCAUGUCACUUCCGCCAAAUCUCUGACCUGCUGCUAAGAUCGCGACGGGAACUGGAAUCCGAGGUCCCCGCGCGGUCCGGGCCUCGCGCCCUGAGGGGAAGAGCGGCCCGGCCCAGCGUGCUGGGGUGGAGGCCUUGACUCCGGUUCCUUCCCUAGCCAUGACGGACGGGAUUCUAGGGAAGGCAGCCACAAUGGAGAUUCCCAUCCACGGAAAUGGCGAAGCUGGGCAGCUUCCUGAAGACGAUGGACUGGAGCAGGACCUCCAGCAGGUGAUGGUGUCAGGACCCAACCUCAAUGAAACUAGCAUUGUGUCUGGUGGCUAUGGGGGCUCUGGUGAUGGACUCAUCCCCACAGGGUCUGGCCGCCAUCCAUCUCACAGCACAUCACCCUCUGGCCCUGGUGAUGAGGUGGCCCGGGGCAUUGCUGGAGAAAAGUUUGACAUCGUCAAGAAAUGGGGCAUCAACACAUAUAAGUGCACAAAGCAGCUGUUAUCAGAGAGAUUUGGCCGAGGCUCCCGGACUGUGGAUCUGGAGCUAGAGCUGCAGAUUGAGUUGCUGCGUGAGACGAAGCGCAAGUAUGAAAGUGUCCUGCAGCUGGGCCGGGCGCUGACAGCCCACCUCUACAGCCUGCUGCAGACCCAGCAUGCACUAGGUGAUGCCUUUGCUGACCUCAGCCAGAAGUCCCCAGAGCUUCAGGAGGAGUUUGGCUAUAAUGCAGAGACACAAAAGCUGCUGUGCAAGAACGGGGAGACGCUGCUAGGGGCUGUGAAUUUCUUUGUCUCUAGCAUCAACACACUGGUCACCAAGACCAUGGAAGACACACUCAUGACUGUCAAACAGUAUGAGGCUGCCAGGCUGGAGUAUGAUGCCUACCGGACAGACUUAGAGGAGCUGAGCCUAGGGCCCCGGGAUGCAGGGACUCGUGGUCGACUUGAGAGUGCCCAGGCCACUUUCCAGACCCAUCGGGACAAAUAUGAGAAGCUUCGGGGAGAUGUGGCCAUCAAGCUGAAGUUCCUGGAAGAAAACAAGAUCAAGGUGAUGCACAAACAGCUGCUGCUCUUCCACAAUGCCGUGUCUGCCUACUUCGCUGGGAACCAGAAACAGCUGGAGCAGACUCUACAGCAGUUCAACAUCAAGCUGCGGCCUCCAGGAGCCGAGAAGCCUUCCUGGUUAGAGGAGCAGUGAGCGGCUCCCAGCCCAACUUGGCUAUCAAGAAGGACACUGGGCGGGGCAGCCCCAGGGUGGAGGAGAUUGGACGUGGGAUGUCCUUUGCAGUUUACUCGCUGGCUUGGGCUCCCCUGUCCUGGCUGGGGUCUGACACCACUUUUGCCCAUCCUGCUGUGGUCUGACGACGGCCUGUAGGCCCAGAAGCUGCUGCCCCGCCCUUUAUGUUCCCAGCCACUGGGCUUUAUUACCAGACCUUUUCCUUUCACUCCACAGCCAAAGGCUAUGACAAAACACUCCCUGGCCAAUGGCAUCACUCCUCAGGCCUGUCCCCAGCUCUUGGGAUGUGCCCCUGACCAAAGACAGGACCUCCAAAGGCUCUGUCAGCCAAUGGCAGCUCUUCUUGGGCUCCCCCGGGCCAAUAGUGUUGCCUCCAGUACCCUUUGUUCCCUCCUCAAUGUGUGUCCAUUGCAGAGAAGGGAACUGGGACCAAAGGGGUGGGGAUAAUGGGGAGCCCCAUUUGUGGCCCUGCAUCUGAAUGGGCCCUCCCCUCACCCGCCCACCCAGUGGAACUGUGCUUAGAGCCCCAGAAGACUGGGUUCUAGCACUAGGAAUAAACCUUUCAUAAAAGCA